AUGCAACAAUCAGUAACAUUAUUAGCGACUCUCACAAAAAUUCACCACGCUCCAUCAAAGAUUGACCUUAAAACUCCUCAUUUUGAGUGCUCCUAGAAUGGGUGCUUUACUAAUUUCUAUGUUCAAAAGGGCCUCCUUUUCAAAUCUAAUGAAACAAAAGGAGAAUGUGGAACAAAAAAAGGAUAACAACAAGUGUAUUGUUGUAGACAAUGCUAUUUAAAGAAAUUCAUGUGA